AUGCCAUCUGAAAAGACUCGGCUCCUCAAGCCGUCAUCGACGUCACCGCCUCUUGUGGUGCGCUCGACGUGCACGUCCACAUUGUUCUUCACUUGGCUCACCCCGCUGCUCACUCUGGGGUCUCAAAAGACGUUGGGCUUCGACGAUUUGCAUCCGCUGUCCGUUGUGCACCAGGCCACGCACGUGUCGGAGCAAUACCACGCGACUUGGCAUGCCUUCAAAACUACUUCGGUCGCUCCCGCCAAGCCAAGUUUGACCUUGGCGCUAUUUCAAACGUUUGGAUGGCGCUUCGCCGUCGCCGGGCUCCUCCGCGGUAUUCGGGCGACGUUGUUGUUCACGGCGCCACUGGUGCUCAAGGCCAUGAUCGGUUUCCUCAACGACUCAUCCGCGCCCAUCUCGGACGGCUACGUCCUCGUCGCCAUCAUCUUUGUCUCUGGCAUCGUGCAAUCCCUAUGCAUUCGGCAAUACACGUACCUCGCCAGCGAAGUGGGCAUGUGUUUUCGCACGGCGAUCCAGUCGGCGUUGUACCAUAAACUACUGGUCAUCGCGCCGUCGUCCACGAGAUCGUCAGGCCAAGUGACCAACCUCAUGAGCGUCGACGCCACCCGCGUUCAAAAGCUGACAAUUGACCUACAUUCGAUCUGGGUCGUGCCAUACUUGAUCUUGCUGUCGUGUGUGUUGCUGUGGCGAGAAAUCGGUGUCUCGUUCAUCGCGGGGCUCGUCAUGAUUGUGCUGUACAUUCCGCUAACGUUGUAUAUGGCCAAACACAUGAAAGCCAUCCAAAAGCAAGUCAUGCAGUUCAAGGAUUCCCGGACCAAGCUGUGCAACGAGGUGUGGGGCGGCAUCAAAGUCGUCAAGUGCCAAGCUUGGGAAGACAACUUUGUCGACAUCAUCCAAGCCAAACGCGUGGUGGACAACUCUCGUCGUUCCUUCGAACGCGGUCGCUCUCCUCCGCGCUCUCCAACGGCCUCCCCGCCCUCGUGGCCAUUGCAUCGUUUGCCACCUACGUCUUCCUCGGCAACAACCUCGACGUCGGCACUGCAUUAA